UCUCUCCUCUUUCUCUCUCUUAAAUGGGGCUAAAACUGUAAAUAUUGCUAAGUUAGCAGCUGACCCUUUUCCUCAAGAAAACGAGGGCCGUUGGAUUUUGAUCAUUUGCAGUCCACCGUCGGGCAAAGAUUAGAAAUUUUGUGGGAUUUUAGCAGUGUCGGCUGUUUUCUGUUGGAGGGAUUUGUGGGGGCUUUCUUUGAUUCUUCCAUGCUCUUCUCUUUAUGCUUUGUCCAUUUGGCUUUUGUUUUGUUUUUUGUUGCCUAACUUUAAAAUCAGAAUUAUGGUGGAAGAGGGAGGUGUUGAUCGGGGUUCCGGUGGGGCGGCGGCGGCGGCGGAGCCACUUGAAUUGUGGCUGUUGCAAGCUCAGAAGCUUGUUCCUCUGGCUCUGGAGAAGGCUAUGGAGGUUAAGGUGUUUCCUGGGAGGUGGAAGAUGAUUGUUUCGAAGCUCGAGCAGCUCCCUUCGCGGUUGUCGGAUUUGUCGAGCCAUCCAUGUUUUUCGAAGAAUGCUCUUUGUAAGGAACAAUUGCAGGCUGUUUUGAAGACAUUGAAGGAAGCCAUUGAAUUGGCUGAGCUCUGUCUUGGGGAGAAAUUCGAAGGCAAGCUAAAAAUGCAGAGUGAUCUCGACUCGUUGUCUGGGAAAUUGGAUUUGAAUUUGCGCGAUUGUGGCCUUUUGAUUAAGACGGGCGUGCUCGGUGAGGCUACUUUGCCUCUGUCCGUGUCGGGGUGUUCGUCGCAGUGGGAGUCUACUGACUAUAGCAGCAUAAAGGAACUGCUUGCUAGGCUGCAGAUUGGUCACAUGGAAUCGAAACACCGAGCGCUUGAUAGCCUUGUCGAGAUUCUGAAAGAGGAUGACGAUAAUGUUUUGUCGAUCUUUGGUCGGAAUAACGUUGCUGCUUUAGUACAAUUGCUCACUGCAACGUCUCCGUGUAUUAGGGAGAAGGCGAUCACCGUAAUUUGCUUGCUAGCGGAGUCGGGAAGUUGCGAAAAUUGGCUUGUUUCGGAGGGUGUUUUGCCAUCUCUGAUAAGGCUUAUUGAGUCUGGUAGUGCUGUAGGUAAAGAAAAGGCUGUUAUUUCGUUGCAAAGAUUGUCGAUGUCAGCUGAAACUGCUCGUGCGAUAGUUGGGCACGGCGGGGUUCGACCGCUUAUCGAACUAUGCAAGACCGGUGAUUCUGUAACGCAGGCUGCUGCUGCUUGUACAUUGAAGAACAUAUCGGUCGUGCCCGAGGUUCGACAAACGCUGGCUGAAGAAGGAAUCAUAAGGGUGAUGAUCAAGCUUGUGGAUUGUGGAAUUCUGUUGGGAUCAAAAGAAUAUGCAGCUGAAUGCCUGCAGAAUCUCACUGCUAGCAACGAUGCGCUAAGGAAAGCGGUCGUCUCCGAAGGCGGUCUCCGCUGCAUAUUGACAUAUCUCGACGGCCCUCUCCCUCAAGAAUCAGCUGUUGGGGCAUUGAGGAAUCUAGUGAACUCAGUAUCAAAGGAAGUUCUGUUAUCGCUCGGCUUCCUCCCCCGUCUAGUACACGUGCUAAAAUCGGGAUCACUCGGCGCACAGCAGGCUGCAGCAUCAGCAAUCUGCAGGGUAUGCAACUCACCAGAGAUGAAGAAGCUAAUAGGCGAAGCGGAAUGCAUUCCACUUCUCAUCAAACUCCUCGAGGCUAAAUCGAACAGCGUUCGAGAAGUGUCGACACAGGCAAUGUCAAGCCUCAUGACACUUUCACAGAACUGCAGAGAAGUCAAAAGAGACGAAAAGAGUGUCCCUAAUCUAGUGCAACUGCUGGAUCCAAGCCCCCACAACACAGCGAAGAAGUACGCGGUCGCAUGCCUCGGGUUGCUGUCUUCGAGCAGGAAAUGCAAGAGGCUGAUGAUAUCAUACGGCGCGAUCGGGUAUCUAAAGAAACUAUCGGAGAUGGACACGCCGGGAGCGAAGAAGCUGCUGGAUAAACUGGAAAAGGGAAAGCUAAGGAGCUUGUUCAGUAGGAAAUGAGAUGAGAUUUGAAGAGCCUUUUGGAUGUUAAGUUUCAUAAGCUAAAUGAAACAAUAAUGUAGUUUCCACUCUCUCAUGAACUCUUUGCCUAAGUGUAUGAAUAUAGUUUCCUUGUAUGUUAUGGAUUUUGAGGUCUAAAUCUAUUAUAUUUCUUGUAUUUA